GGAGUGUCCUAAAUAGAUAUUCUGCUGCAGUCCCGCGAGAAGGGGAGGGUACAUCCAUUCUCACCGCCCCUUUUGACCAUAUAUGGUCUGUCUGGCUGUUUGACGUGCGCGGCUACAUCCACCCGGCGAAAAGUGAACACGAGACAUCGGUGUGCUCCGGAGACCAGUAAUACAUUAUAUAGCCUUUCACAACCAUGCCAUCCGACUUAGCCAAGAAGAAGGCAGCGAAGAAGAAGGAGGCUGCCAAAGCCCGCCAGCGUACCAAGAAAACUGAUGAGAACGAGGAGGGUGAACUAUCAGAGUCUCCGAUUAAUGGAGCAGAGAGCAAUGGUGUUGCCUUUUUGACAAAAGAGCUGGAUGAAUUUGAGUUGGCUAAGACGGAGGCACGGGCAGUGACGGGUGUUCUGGCCUCACACCCCAACAGCACCGAUGUCCACAUUAGCAGCCUGUCGCUCACUUUCCAUGGUCAAGAGCUGCUAGCAGACACUAGCCUGGAGCUCAACUCAGGCAGACGCUAUGGUCUUAUUGGCCUUAAUGGCACAGGAAAGUCUAUGCUGUUGUCAGCCAUCGGGCAUCGUGAGAUUCCCAUUCCAGAGCACAUAGAUAUUUACCACUUAACCCGGGAGAUGGCCCCCAGCGAAAAGACGGCUCUGCAGUGUGUCAUGGAGGUGGAUGAACAGAGGAUUAUGCUGGAGAAAGAGGCAGAGAGACUUGCGCAUGAGGACUCUGAGUGUGAGAAGCUGAUGGAGCUGUAUGAGCGUCUGGAGGAGCUGGAUGCAGACAAGGCAGAGGUGCGAGCCUCUCGGAUCCUCCACGGUUUGGGUUUCACCGCUGCUAUGCAGCAGAAGAAGCUGAAGGACUUUAGUGGUGGAUGGAGGAUGCGUGUUGCUCUGGCCAGAGCCCUGUUUAUCAAACCCUUCAUGCUGUUGCUGGAUGAGCCCACUAACCACCUGGACCUGGAUGCUUGUGUGUGGUUGGAGGAGGAGCUCAGUUCGUUCAAGCGAAUCCUUGUGCUCAUCUCACACUCUCAAGACUUCCUGAAUGGUGUGUGCACCAACAUCAUCCACCUGCAUCAGAGAAAACUGAAAUACUACACGGGUAACUAUGACCAGUAUGUGAAGACCAGAGAGGAGUUGGAAGAGAACCAGAUGAAGCGCUUCAACUGGGAACAGGACCAGAUAACGCACAUGAAGAAUUACAUCGCAAGGUUUGGUCACGGUUCUGCAAAGCUGGCCCGACAGGCACAGAGCAAAGAGAAAACGCUACAGAAGAUGGUGGCCUCAGGCUUGACUGAAAAAGUUGUGAAUGACAAGACUCUGUCAUUUUGUUUUCCUCCCUGUGGGAAGAUUCCUCCCCCUGUUAUCAUGGUUCAGAACGUGAGCUUCAAGUACAGUGACAACACACCACACAUAUAUAGAAACCUGGAGUUUGGUAUUGACUUGGAUACACGAGUGGCUCUGGUGGGGCCCAAUGGUGCAGGAAAGUCCACACUGCUGAAGCUGCUGAUGGGAGAGCUCCUUCCCACUGACGGCAUGAUCCGCAAACAUUCUCAUGUCAAGAUUGGCAGAUAUCACCAGCAUCUGACAGAGCAGCUGGAACUGGACCUGUCUCCUUUGGAGUACAUGAUGAAGUGUUUCCCUGAUAUCAAAGAAAAAGAGGAGAUGAGGAAGAUCAUUGGUCGCUACGGGCUGACGGGAAAACAGCAGGUCAGUCCGAUCAGGAACUUGUCAGAUGGUCAAAAGUGCCGAGUGUGUUUUGCCUGGCUCGCCUCACAGAACCCUCACAUGUUGUUCCUUGAUGAGCCCACUAAUCACCUGGACAUUGAGACUAUUGAUGCACUGGGAGACGCCAUCAACGAGUUUGACGGUGGCAUGAUGCUAGUUAGCCACGACUUCAGGCUAAUUCAACAGGUGGCUCAGGAAAUAUGGGUGUGUGAGAAUCAAACCAUCACAAAGUGGAAGAGAGACAUCCUGGCAUACAAGGAGCACUUGAAAUCAAAGAUUGACGGGCAAGCGCAUGACAUCUAAAAAAACUAAGCCACUCCUUUAUCUUGCAUUAUGGAUUUGACCUGCACGCUCCUGAGAGGAUGAGCAGAGUUUACAUUGAAGGAAAUGUCAUAACUAGAACUGAAACAAUCUCUUAUGCAUCUUAACGGACACGUCUCGUACAUGUACUGUAUUUCCAUCUUGGUUUGAAAGAGCUGCACCCCCCCCCCCCCAAUAAAAAAACUCAGACUGCACUCUGAUUGGCUGAUUCACGAAGCAUCUUAGUGCAUUUUGGAAAGCAUUCCAUUGUGCUGUCUUCAAAGAACUUUAAUUUUUCCGAAUGUUCUGUUUUAUCCCAACGUGCAUUCAGCAGCUUUUAGGUCAUUUUACAAUAUUUAAAAGUUGGCUAUUUUUGUUUUUUCUGUGUAGAAGAGCAGUUCUGCCUUAUGAAACAAUGUAAAUGCAAUAAAGGUUUGUCUGAAUAAACAGAACAAAAACAG